CACACCGGACCGGGAUCAGCACCGGUCGGGAACACCGGGACAGACCGGACCGGAGCGGAGCGGGAUCAGCACCGGGGCCAGCACAGGACUGAGCGGUACCGGGAUCCGCACCGAGCGCCCGGAUCCCUCCAAGCCCCGGCUCCGCUCCCGGUGAGCGCCAGGACACGAACCCCGGUUGGAAAACCGGGACAGAACCCAGAGCCAAAGGAAAGGAGCCGGGAAACACCGGGAUGGGAGCCGGCAGCACCGGGAUAAGAGCGGGAACAGCCGGGAGCGGACCCGGGACCACCGGGAGUAGAGCGGGAAGCACCGGGACCGCCGCGAUCCUCCUGCUCCUUCUGGGAACGGCGGCGGCGACACCGAGCGCAGCGCCCCCGCCGUGCCCCCCGGAGCAGCUGCGCUGCGGGGACGGUUCGUGCCUGUCGCGAUCGUUCGCCUGUGACGGGGAGCGCGAUUGUCCCGACGGGGGGGACGAGCUGGGCUGCGCCCCCCCGCCCUCGCCGCCGCCCUGCGCCCCCUCCUCGUUCCGCUGUCGCGACGGGAGCUGCGUCCCGCGGCUCUGGAGCUGCGAUGGCGAUCCCGACUGUCGCGACGGGGAGGAUGAGGAGCCGGAGCUGUGCGGGACCCCCCGGCCCCCCCCGCGCCUGCCCCCCCCUGCAGUUCCCCUGCGGCUCCGGGGAGUGCGUGCACAGGCGGUGGCGCUGCGACGGCACCCCCGACUGUCGCGACAGCUCCGACGAGGAGGGGUGUG